AUGACAGAACCCGCUCCUUCAUUUUCUACAUUAAAAAUUAUAUCUGAUGUUUAUUAUGGUUGUUGGCCAAAUAAACCAAAAUAUUUACCAGAUGACUACCCUGAUUUAACAGGUAAGACUGCACUUGUAACAGGGUCUAACCAAGGGAUUGGUUAUAAAGCUAUUUGUCUACUAUUUUCCAAAAACUGUAACAUUAUUGCAGUAGUGAGAACUACAUCAAAUGGUGAAAAAGCUCGAGAUCAGAUACUAAAAGACUUCCCCUUAUCAAAAGGUAAAAUUAGUGUCAUCGGUGGAAAUGAUUAUAAUGAUUUAGCAACAAUUAAACCAGUAGCUCACCAAAUUAAAACAGUAUUAGGCAAUGACCCAUUAAAUAUCAUCAUUCAUAAUGCAGGUAUUAUGCCAAAUGAAAAUAAAGGUACUACCGUACAAGGCCAUGAAGAUAUUUUCCAGGUCAAUACUAUGGCUCCGCAGUUAUUACAAUCAUAUUUAGAUCCUCUAUUUCUAAAGAAAGAUGAUUCAUUGAAAAGAGUCGUUUGGGUGAGUUCAGCUGGCCAUUUAUUUGCAUUCCCUAAAUAUGGGAUAAAUUGGGAAAAUCCUUCAUUUAAAGGGAUACCAAUCGAUGAAAGACCAUUUGUAUCACAAUCUUAUGGCCAAUCAAAAGCAGGUAAUAUUCUUCAGGCAAAGGCAUGGGCCACAACAAAUAAACAGGCAGUAGAUGAAAUUGGAUGUGUGUCAGUAUCAUGUUAUCCUGGAAAUUUUGGGACAAAUAUCCAGAAAGAUUGGCCAUGGUUACUUAGAAAUGCAAUCAAGUUGGCAUGUACUGACACAAUUUAUGGUGCAUACACUGAAUUAUACUCUGCAUUAUCCCCCGAAUUGACUACCUCUAGUCAGGGUGCCUAUAUCUUACCGUUUGGUGAAGUUGGAUUACCAAGAGAAGAUAUUCAAGCUGCUUUACAGAAUGGGACAGAUUUAAAGUUUUGGGAGUUGGUAGAUUCCUUAAUUGAAAACUACAAAUAA